AUGUCUUCAAAUCAAAAAAUUCUAGCAAACUACAUUGAUGUGCACAUAGAAUUGCUGGCAAAAAAAUUAACCAGUACCAAAAGAAGUAUUUUAUACGACAUUAAACGCAGGAGUGACGGUGAAAAUUUGAAUCCUGCUCUAUCAACUGACCGAAAAUUGGAUGAAUCUUGGAAGAAGAAACUUGGAAUAAAGUUACCUAUCAGCGAUCCAAAGAACUUUUUGACAUUCGAUGCUGAUAUAAACACAAAUAUUGAAAAACGCAAUGCGAUUAAAACCAUGUUUGAAAUCACCACUGAUGGUUGUUUUGAUUAUGUAAAAGCCAUAAAAUUAAUAUUGGCUGCAAUAAUUACAAAAGAAGUCCAAUUACUCUACAGUGGUUGUGGACGUAAAAUGAAAAAUAUUGGAAAGCUCAACUUUAGUGCUACUCAUAUUUUUAAAGUGAUUGAAGAGUUCAUCACUGAUCAAUACGGUAAUCAAAACCGUACAUUAAAAGUACUGACUACUGUAAGUACCUAUCUUUCUGGUGCAAAAGAU